CGUGCGUUCCGCGUCACCCUGGCCUGGCGCGCGGCUGCGGCGGCCGGCCUGUUCCGCUCCCAGCGCCUCGGGAUCGGUCCCGCUGCGGCCCGCACCAGUUGAUUCGGCUGCGUCCGGCCCAGGGGACGGUUGCUUCGUUGGCGUCCGGCCUGGUGCGCGCGGCGGAUCCAGGGCCUCGCGUAGCGCGCUGCGCCGGGCUCCGUGAGGCGAGGCCCCGCCGGCCUGAGGGGGGAGCCCCGCUCCUCGCCGCCGCCAUGAGCGUGGAGGCGUACGGCCCCAGCUCGCAGACUCUCACCUUCCUGGACACCGAGGAGGCCGAGCUGCUCGGCGCCGACACCCAGGGCUCCGAGUUCGAGUUCACCGACUUCACCCUCCCCAGCCAGACCCAGACCCCGCCCGGGCCCGCACACGGGGGCCCGGGGCAGGGCCCGCCGGGCCCGGGGCAGGGGCCGCCCGGACAGAUCGAGGCACAGGUUAAUGGUCCUGAUGGGAUCCUCCAGAAUGGUGCAGUGGAUGAUAAUGUAGCUAAAACCAGUCAACUGCUUGCAGAAUUAAACUUUGAAGAAGAUGAAGAAGAUACCUAUUACACCAAGGAUCUUCCUGUGCACGCUUGCAGUUACUGUGGUAUCCAUGACCCAGCUUGUGUGGUUUAUUGCAAUACCAGCAAGAAGUGGUUCUGUAAUGGGCGUGGAAAUACAUCUGGCAGCCACAUUGUAAAUCAUCUCGUGAGAGCAAAGUGUAAAGAGGUGACUCUUCACAAAGAUGGCCCUUUGGGAGAGACUGUCUUGGAGUGUUAUAAUUGUGGAUGUCGUAAUGUGUUCCUCCUUGGCUUCAUUCCGGCUAAGGCUGACUCGGUAGUCGUAUUACUAUGCAGGCAACCGUGUGCCAGUCAGAGCAGUUUAAAGGAUAUUAAUUGGGACAGCUCACAGUGGCAACCUCUUAUCCAAGACCGCUGUUUCCUUUCCUGGCUGGUAAAGAUUCCUUCUGAACAGGAGCAGUUGAGAGCACGUCAGAUUACAGCUCAACAAAUUAACAAACUGGAAGAACUCUGGAAGGAAAAUCCAUCUGCAACCCUUGAAGACUUGGAAAAACCUGGUGUUGAUGAAGAACCGCAGCAUGUCUUACUUAGAUAUGAGGAUGCUUAUCAGUACCAAAAUAUUUUUGGACCUCUAGUCAAGCUUGAAGCAGAUUACGACAAGAAACUCAAGGAGUCCCAGACCCAAGAUAACAUCACGGUGAGGUGGGACCUGGGCUUGAACAAGAAGAGAAUUGCUUACUUCACUUUGCCAAAGACUGACUCAGAUAUGCGUCUUAUGCAGGGAGACGAAAUCUGCCUGAGAUAUAAAGGAGACCUGGCCCCUUUGUGGAAAGGAAUUGGUCAUGUUAUUAAAGUUCCUGAUAGCUCUUCAGAUUAUGGUGAUGAGAUAGCUAUUGAGCUGAGGAGCAGUGUUGGAGCACCUGUGGAGGUUACUCAUAACUUCCAAGUGGAUUUUGUGUGGAAGUCCACUUCAUUUGACAGAAUGCAGAGUGCUUUAAAAACAUUUGCCGUGGAUGAAACUUCAGUUUCUGGCUACAUCUACCACAAACUGUUAGGUCAUGAGGUAGAAGAUGUGAUUAUUAAAUGCCAGCUGCCAAAGCGUUUUACAGCACAAGGACUUCCUGACCUCAACCAUUCUCAGGUUUAUGCUGUAAAGACUGUCUUGCAGCGUCCUCUGAGCCUUAUCCAAGGUCCCCCUGGUACAGGAAAAACUGUGACAUCAGCCACUAUUGUCUACCAUUUAGCUAGGCAGGGCAAUGGGCCUGUGUUAGUUUGUGCCCCAAGUAACAUAGCUGUGGAUCAGCUCACUGAGAAGAUCCAUCAGACAGGACUAAAAGUCGUUCGUCUAUGUGCUAAAAGCCGUGAGGCAAUUGAUUCUCCUGUAUCUUUCCUGGCAUUGCACAACCAGAUCAGAAACAUGGAUAGUAUGCCUGAGCUCCAGAAACUGCAGCAGCUGAAAGAUGAAACUGGAGAAUUGUCAUCUGCUGAUGAGAAACGCUAUCGUGCACUGAAACGAACAGCAGAGCGUGAAUUACUUAUGAAUGCAGAUGUUAUUUGCUGCACAUGCGUGGGAGCAGGUGACCCAAGACUUGCAAAAAUGCAGUUUCGUUCCAUUUUAAUUGAUGAAAGCACACAGGCUACUGAACCAGAAUGUAUGGUGCCAGUUGUUCUGGGAGCCAAACAGCUGAUCCUUGUAGGUGAUCACUGCCAGCUUGGUCCUGUUGUGAUGUGUAAAAAAGCUGCAAAGGCAGGCCUGUCUCAGUCCCUUUUUGAGAGGCUUGUGGUGCUGGGUAUCCGUCCAAUUCGCCUGCAAGUGCAGUAUCGUAUGCACCCUGCACUUAGUGCUUUUCCAUCCAACAUCUUCUAUGAGGGGUCACUCCAGAAUGGUGUUACUGCAGCGGACCGUGUGAAAAAGGGAUUUGAUUUCCAAUGGCCCCAGCCAGAUAAGCCAAUGUUUUUCUAUGUGACACAGGGUCAAGAAGAAAUUGCCAGUUCAGGCACCUCUUACUUAAACAGGACGGAAGCUGCUAAUGUGGAGAAGAUAACUACAAAGUUAUUGAAAGCGGGUGCCAAACCUGAUCAGAUUGGCAUUAUUACUCCCUAUGAGGGCCAGCGCUCUUACCUGGUGCAGUACAUGCAGUUCAGCGGUUCCUUGCAUACAAAACUCUAUCAGGAAGUGGAAAUCGCAAGUGUUGAUGCUUUCCAAGGUCGAGAGAAGGACUUUAUUAUCCUUUCUUGUGUAAGAGCCAAUGAGCACCAAGGAAUUGGAUUUUUAAAUGAUCCCAGACGUCUUAAUGUGGCUCUUACCAGAGCAAGGUAUGGAGUAAUUAUUGUUGGGAACCCAAAAGCUCUGUCUAAACAGCCGCUUUGGAAUCACCUGCUGAACUACUACAAGGAGCAGAAGGUACUGGUAGAGGGACCACUAAACAAUCUCCGAGAAAGCCUUAUGCAGUUCAGCAAGCCCCGUAAACUCGUCAAUACCAUCAACCCAGGUGCCCGUUUCAUGACUACUGCCAUGUAUGAUGCACGUGAAGCUAUUAUCCCAGGAUCUGUCUAUGACCGGAGCAGUCAAGGCCGCCCAUCGAACAUGUACUUCCAAACACAUGAUCAGAUUGGAAUGAUUAGUGCUGGACCCAGCCAUGUCACUGCUAUGAACAUUCCUAUCCCUUUCAACCUUGUGAUGCCACCAAUGCCACCACCAGGAUAUUUUGGGCAGGCUAAUGGACCGGCAGCAGGACGUGGGACACCUAAAGGAAAGACUGGUCGUGGUGGGCGCCAGAAAAAUCGUUUUGGGAUUCCUGGAACUAGCCAGUCAAACCUUCCAAACAGUCAAGCGAGCCAAGAUGUGGUGUCCCAGCCAUUCUCCCAGGGUCCACUGACUCAGGGUUAUAUCUCCAUGAGUCAGCCAUCGCAGAUGAGCCAGCCAGGACUCUCCCAGCCAGAGUUAUCACAGGACAGUUACCUUGGGGAUGAGUUUAAAUCUCAGAUUGAUGUGGCGCUGUCGCAGGACUCUACUUACCAGGGUGAACGUGCAUAUCAACAUGGUGGAGUGACAGGACUGUCACAGUAUUAGAGUGUUGAGGAAGAAGAGCUAAGCUUAUGUGGAGCUUAGUUCCAUCAGCAUUUUAUUCUGGGUAAUAAAAAAAAUAAAAUAAAAUGGAUACCUGUUUUCCACUGCUAAAACUGAAGCACCACUGUGUGAGAGCAACAGGAGAAAGAAAGAAAGAAACCAACCAACGGAGAGGAGAGCGAAAGGAGCGCGCGUGAGAGCCCACUGCUAGCUCACUGAGACAAGGAGACUGACCGGAGAGGAGAGAGAGCACCAAAGGACUGGCUGGCGCCUCACUGGGAAGGCAACUCGCCCUGAAAGAAUGAGUGGUCAGCUCAGUCCCUGCUCCCCCAGUCAACGAAGCUUGAGAGAAGGGCCUUAAGCAGGUUUCACUUCAUUCCAUACUUCUCUUUGCGAGCAGGGCAUCACUUUUCAGAGCAGGAGGGGAGAGGAAAACCCUCAUCUCAGAGUUGUUCUCAUUUGAAAAGGUACUAUAUUUUAGCAGUAACUGUUGACGUUUUAAAAGCAGAGUAUCUAAAGAGGAAAGAUCCUGCCGAAAAGUGACAGUAAGCCAAGCAGAAAACCAGCCAGAACAUGGUGACUGUUCAACGCUGAGAUGCAGGUUUUGUUGUCCAAAACUGGCUCUGAAAUUCUAGUGUCAUCAUGUCGCCCACAUUCUGAACUGGUAUUUCGUGACAAGGUGGUUUUAAAGAGAUUCUUUCAAAGGAGCACUGAAUUUUUAGAAGUGUCUCUGAAUUCUUAGUAGUGGACCUGGGAGAUCCUUGUUCUGAGAAGCUUACCAAAAAAAAAGUAAAACAAACAAAAACAAAAAAAUCUAAAUUAGAGCACCAACCUUGAGAACUUUCAGUGUGAUUUAAAGUUGCAGCAAUCAGCCUCUUCUUCCUACAAUGGAAAGCAGUUAGGAGUGAAAGGAGCCUGCAUGCUCAAGCAGGAGGAGGGUUUCGAAGUGUUUUCUGUAUGCUUUAAUUGGCUACUGUCUGGACUCUACUCUGUGAAAACAAGCCUUUCUGUAAGAUGAACUGUGCGCUUAAAAGGGGAUGGGUUCCUGUGCCCUUCGGCCCUGGAGGAAAAGACGCUAGGAGGCCUGCUUUAUUCACUCCCACUGAUGCUGGGAGGAAGUAGUGGAAACUGGGGAUUAUAUUGGUUUUGAAGUAAAGACUCUACAAUGAUAUUGAAGCAGGUUGGAAAAAAAUAAAUGGAAAAAGCAGGCAGUUGUUGGAAGGUGGCCUCUGAUAGAUGGGUAUAAUUAGAGACAAUGGAUUAGGCUUUUGUGUGGCUUCUUCUUUAGUGAUUUAAUGCAGAUAGCUGAAUGAUUCAGGUGUUGAAGUUAAAAACAACCCUGGAGACUGCUUUUUGGGUAGUGAACAUGGCUGUGGCAUCAGUGCUGACUUGAGAAGUAGUUGGAAGUCAAACUGAAAACAGCACAUAAAAAAGCCAUCCAAUUUCUAAGUUGUACCUGUGUCCUAAACAAGUCAAGUGGGAACACUGGGAGCAUUUUAUUUGUCUAAACCUUUUUAGAAACAGCACAGAGAACUUAAAUUCCUACUAACCCAUUUUUAUCAGAUCUCUAAAUUAAAAUAACCUCUACCUCCUAAUUGGCUAAAAAUCAGUAGUGUGUGAAUUAAUUACUAAACUAGAUGUUUUUUAAAGUUUAUGAAUUAAGUUAGCUUUAUAAUCAAAGGGCUCCAAGUGUUUCUAGUCUUUUUUUGAGGAACUAAAAAAAAAACCAACAGAAAACAACCCUCUCAAUGAAUGUACUUAGAACAAAACCCACCUCUUGUAAUUUGGAAACACCCACUUGCAUUACUCUGUCCUUCCUGUAGAUUAGCAAUCUGCUUUCAUAACUUGUAUUUGCUGUAGCUUUCCAUGUCUCCUCGUCCCCGCAGGCCCCCCCCCAUAGAGUAGUAUACCUACAGGUUUUGUAGGUAAUGUACACAUGAAAUUUAGAACAGAUGUUCUGAAUUCACUUUUAGUCCUGCAGUGAAUUGUUCAUAAACUGCAAAAAAAUUAGAAACCUUCCUGAAACAAAACAACCAUUCUUGUUUCAUAAAAAGCCUCCAGAGUUUAGACUUCUAUAAUGUGUAAAGAAUGGAGACACAGGCCACCUUCCUUCAUGUAAGAGGGACUAUUUUAUUUAUUAACAUUUUACUUUUUUUUCCUUCUGGGUAGGCUGCGUAGUUGCAUAGAGAUUUGAGAUAGGUUUAAGCUGUAACUCUUUGUGCAAUGCAAUCCAUUGAGUGAUGUGUAACCCCUUCUCCCCCUUCCCCCAACCCCUUUAUUUCACUGGUUGGAAUGCUUGCCUCUGCUUUGUGCUGUUUUUUUCCUUUGUAGCAGUUACUCUGAGUUUUAUAAAUCCACAGACGACAGUGCUAGCACUGUUACUCUUUUUUGAUUUUGUCUGUAUGUUUUAAACCUGUUUGUCAUCAAUAAAAAAAAUUAAUAAAGAGCUCUUGCAUUCAA